AGGCGGGUGGCGUCAUCCGGCGGCGCGAGUCCGGGCGGGUGACUGAGACGCCGGGAGAGCGGCGGCGGCGGCGGCGAGCGCACCUCGGGGCGGCAUGAGCGGCUACGGGCUCCUCCUGCGGUCGGCGGCGCGCUCCUGCCGCGCGCUGGUGGCCUCCACGGCGAGCCGGCGCCCGCUGCGCACCAGUCCGCCGCGCCGAGCUUUCGCCAAGGAGCUCUUCCUGGGCAACCUGGAGAAGAAAGAAGUUUUCCCAUUUCCGGAAGUUAGCCAAGAUGAACUUGAUGAAAUUAAUCAGUUUGUGGGACCUGUAGAAAAAUUCUUCACUGAAGAGGUGGACUCUCAAAAAAUCGACCGGGAGGGGAAAAUCCCAGAUGCAACUUUAGAGAAAGUGAAGAGCCUGGGGCUUUUUGGGAUGCAAGUCCCAGAAGAGUACGGUGGCCUGGGCCUCUCCAACACCAUGUACACGCGGCUGGGAGAGGUCAUCGGCCUGGACGCCUCCAUCGCAGUGACGCUGGCAGCGCACCAGGCCAUCGGCCUCAAGGGCAUCAUCUUGGCCGGCAGCGAGGAGCAGAAGGCCAGGUACCUGCCCAAGCUGGCGUCCGGGGAGCACGUGGCCGCCUUCUGCCUGACAGAGCCAGCCAGCGGGAGCGAUGCCGCCUCCAUCCGGACCAGGGCCACGUUAAGUGAAGAUAAGAAACACUACGUCCUCAAUGGCUCCAAGGUCUGGAUCACCAAUGGGGGACUGGCCAGUGUUUUUACUGUGUUUGCAAAGACAGAGGUUAUUGAUUCUGAUGGCUCAGUGAAGGACAAGAUCACAGCAUUCAUAGUAGAGAGAGACUUUGGUGGCGUCACCAGCGGGAAACCUGAGGAUAAAUUAGGCAUCCGAGGCUCCAACACCUGCGAGGUCCACUUCGAGAACACCAGGGUGCCCGUGGAAAACGUCCUCGGAGAAGUGGGAGGCGGCUUUAAGGUGGCCAUGAACAUCCUCAACAGCGGGCGCUUCAGCAUGGGCAGCUCCGUGGCCGGGAUGCUCAGGAAACUGAUCGAAAUGACCGCCGAGUACGCCUGCACAAGGAAACAGUUCAACAGGAACCUCAGCGAGUUUGGAUUGAUUCAGGAGAAGUUUGCCCUGAUGGCUCAGAAGGCUUACGUGAUGGAAAGUAUGGCCUACCUCACCGCAGGGAUGCUGGACCAGCCCGGCUUUCCUGACUGCUCCAUCGAGGCCGCCAUGGUGAAGGUGUUCAGCUCGGAGGGCGCCUGGCAGUGUGUGAGCGAGGCCCUGCAGGUCCUCGGGGGCGCAGGCUACAUGAGGGACUUCCCCUAUGAGCGCAUGCUGCGUGACAGCCGCAUCCUGCUGAUCUUCGAGGGAACCAACGAGAUCCUGCGGAUGUACAUCGCCCUCACGGGCCUGCAGCACGCCGGCCGCGUCCUGACCGCGAGGGUCAAGGAGCUUAAGCGGGGCAACGUGACCACCAUCGUGGAGACCGUCGGCCGGAGGCUUCGGGACUCCCUGGGCCGAACUGUGGACCUCGGGCUGACAGGGACGCUCGGAGCCGUGCACCCCAGCCUCGCGGACAGCGCCCACAAGCUGGAGGAGAACGUGUACCACUUCGGCCGCACGGUGGAGACCCUGCUGCUUCGCUUUGGCAAGGGGGUGAGUCUCCACCCUGCCCUCUGUUCCCAGACCGUCGUGGAGGAGCAGCUGGUCUUGAAACGCGUGGCCAACAUCCUCAUCAACCUGUACGGGAUGACGGCCGUGCUGUCGCGGGCCAGCCGCUCCAUCCGUGUGGGGCUCCGGAACCAUGACCACGAGGUUCUGCUGGCCAGCAUCUUCUGCGCAGAAGCAUACUACCAGAACCUCUUCGCCCUGUCCCAGCUGGACAAGUAUUCUCCAGAAAAUCUCGAUGAACUGAUCCAGAAGGUGUCCCGGCAGAUCCUAGAGAAGCGAGCCUACGUCUGCGCCCACCCUCUGGAGCGGACGUCCUGAAGCAGGGGGACGGUUUUCCUGCUGCUGCUCGUGCCUUGCAGCAGGUGGAGGACUUGCUUUGUUGCAGGUUGGCCACGCCUCCCAGUCUCCGGACGGCCUUUCUCCAGGCCCCUGUGGGCACUGCUGCCUGACACGAUCCCAGGCUCUGAGUGCACACCGGGGGCCGCAGAGGGGCUGAGACGUGCCUUCUCGGGAGGCUUCCCGGUGGAAGCUGGACGGGGACGGGCAGGGACAGGUCUCAGCAGGGGGACCACUUCUGCCAGACCACACGUUCUCCAAGAAACAGCUUGAAAACUG